ACGAAUUCUAGUCAUCGCAAUCAUUAAUAAUUAAACUUUUGUCUAUUAAAUAACAAAAUAAUAGAAACAGUACUCACUAACUUGAUAUUAGGAAGUUAAUAAUUUCUAAAAUUGCGUUAUAUCUUUGAUAAAUUGAGUAUUAAUGUUAAUCGUGAUAACAAGAUGCGUUUAAUUUUACUGUUUUGUGUUUUGUUUUUAUAUCUAAAUGAUGCAGUAUUUGGUAAAAAAUUUGUAAAUAAUAAUAAUUUGGAUAUAGUUCAUUAUCAACCUGAACAAGUUCACUUGUCAUUCGGUGAAAAACCUCAUGAUAUUGUAGUAACAUGGUCAACACGUAACGACACCGGAGAAUCGUUAGUAGAAUAUGGGGAUUCUGAUAAUUUCACCCAUCAAUCAAUAGGAACUAGACAAGAAUUUAUCGAUGGUGGGGAUAAAAGAAAAACCCAAUUUAUACAUAGGGUUAGCUUAACUAAUUUAAAGCCAUCUACAAAAUACAUUUAUCAUUGUGGUAGUAAUUUGGGUUGGUCGGCCAAAUUUGAUUUUCGUACGGUGCCAUCGGGCGACAAAUGGUCACCCAGUAUUGCCAUGUAUGGCGAUAUGGGCAAUGAAAAUGCCCAGUCAUUAGCACGUUUACAGAAAGACACACAAAAUGGCAUGUAUGAUGCCAUCAUACAUGUGGGAGAUUUUGCUUACGACAUGAAUACGGACAAUGCUCGGGUAGGUGAUGAAUUUAUGCGUCAAAUUGAAAGUGUAGCAGCGUAUCUGCCAUAUAUGGUAGUACCCGGUAAUCAUGAGGAAAAAUAUAACUUUUCGAAUUAUAGAGCCCGCUUUAGCAUGCCUGGUGGUACUGAAAAUCUAUUUUAUAGUUUUAAUUUGGGUCCUGUACACUUUAUUGGCAUUUCAACGGAAAUGUAUUAUUUCCUUAAUUACGGCUUAAAGACGUUAGUGUUUCAAUAUACCUGGCUUGAGAAAGAUUUAAUGGAAGCCACGAAACCAGAAAACCGUGCUAUACGUCCUUGGAUUGUUGUCUAUGGACAUCGUCCCAUGUAUUGUAGCAAUGAAAAUGAUAAUGAUUGCACCCACUCGGAGACUCUGACGAGAGUGGGUUGGCCUUUUGUGCAUUUGUUCGGUUUGGAGGAAUUAUUUUAUAGAUACGGUGUCGAUGUAGAGGUAUGGGCCCAUGAGCACUCAUAUGAACGUUUAUGGCCCAUUUAUGAUUAUAAAGUAUUAAAUGGUUCGUAUAAAGAACCAUAUCGUAAUCCAAAAGCGCCAGUUCAUAUUGUUACAGGCUCGGCGGGCUGUAAAGAAGGAAGGGAACCAUUUCUUUCAAACAUACCAGAAUGGAGCGCUUUUCAUAGUCAAGACUAUGGUUAUACGCGUCUUAAGGCUUACAAUAGUAGCCAUUUAUAUUUCGAACAAGUUUCCGAUGAUAAAAAUGGCGAUAUUAUAGAUUCAUUUUGGAUUAUAAAGGAUGAACAUGGAGCCUAUAAUUAAGAUUAUAGCAUAAUUUUUACAUUUUGCUUUCAAAAAUAACGUUUAUAAGUAUUAUUGGUGGCACAAAUUAUUUUUAGAUUUUUAAAUUCAUUCCCUAGUUUUUUUUUUUUAAUUCAAAUGGUAUUUUAAUUGCAUUUACCAGCACCAAAAAGAAUAUGGAAAAUAUUCCAAGGCAGCAGCACAAUACCUUUAAGUUCAAAUUUAAGAAAUACGAUUUUAUUUACAAUAUAAUUUUAGUAAACAGUUUUCUUUAAAUAUUUUAUAUAUGGACAAUAUUUGUAAUGGCUAAUCUUUAUUAUUUCGAAUUAUUAUAAUAAUAUUAAAAUAUUUUAAUGCACAUUAGUUUUAUGUAAAUUUAUUUACAGCUAUAAGAACAAAGAUCUAUAAAUAAACAUUAACCAUAUCAAAAUAUGUA